AUGGCCCCAUUCGAGUCUCCAGAACAGUAUUCCCCCACACACUUUGGCUACAAGAGAUUUUAUGAGGACGUCAGAAUACUCUACAGGUCCCUCACCGAGACACAUACGCUCAAGAUGGAGGAUUUGGAGAAUUUCAUCGACCUCAUCGAAUACGACAAGCGGUUGUACCGGCUCGCGCUUGUGGAAUGCCCUGUUCUCCGCUUACCGCAAAGUCACGGCUGGCCGCAUCCCAACCCGUACAAAGCGUGGCUGAUGAGGAAGUUUUUUGACCGGCGCCCUUUGCCAAAACCCGUCAUCCCACCACCGCCAUAUUCCAGUGUCACUGAGGCAGAAAGGCUUAGGGCGCGACAGCGUGUUCUAAGAGAGUAUAUGGGCAUCCGCUCGCACGAGAGGAGGCCUUUCGAAACGGGCGAGAAAACGAACAUUCUUCGUUAUGCUACUUACCUCGUUGGUCUUCCGGAUCACGGACAUGGUGCAGACCAGGCCUUUUACUAUGGCGAUUCGGGGAAAGCCUGUAUAAAGUAUGUCGACAGAAAUGGGGUGAGUCUUCGAGACCCGGACUUCCGAUUAUACAAGCGUAGAUGA